AUGGCGCCCAACAACCAGCUCGGCAAGCGAGUCAAGCUGACCCAAGUCCGCCGCCCAUUCAUUAUCGGCUCGACAGCAGUUCCUUUCAACGAAACGAACCCGCGUCCAGUCGGCGCGCCCGACAAUCACACACACUCGUGGUCCGUCUUUGUAAAAGGCCUCGAAGACACAGAUAUUACGUACUGGCUGCGACGCGUUCAGUUCAAGCUGCACGAGUCGAUCCCAAAUCAUGUGCGCAUGAUCGAAGGCGAAGUUGGCAUGCCCUUCACGGUGAGCGAAACGGGUUGGGGCGAAUUUGAUAUCACCGUUAAGCUAUAUUACGUCAAUGAAUCCGGCGAGAAACCGCAAACCUUAUAUCAUUACUUGCGCCUGCAUCCGUUUGGAAGAACCGAGGAAGAGAAGCAGGCCAUGGUAACGAAAAACGGUGAAGUCCGCGCGUGGAGCUACGAGGAGCAACUCUUCAACGAGCCGUACGAGGUCUUCUUCAAUAUCCUGACGAGCGGUGCCGUCCCCAAGGGUUGGAAAACGGCCGGGGGAGGCAAGGGCAAAGGGAAGAACCGUCCGACACCGCCGCUCCCAGCCCCUGACAGCGAAACCGUGUGGGAGCGGUCCGCGAUGAUCCCCCAACACAACCGACCCGGGCAGCCGUUUAGCCGCGAGACCGAGGCGGCCGAAAUCAAGCGGCUCAAGGACGCGCAGGCCAAGACGGAGGAGAUGAGCGCCAAGGUUCUCGCGGAGCUCAAGGGCAAGGAGGAUCUGCUGGCGAGGCUCAAGGCAGAGAACGCGGCGGCUUCGGGUGCAGCGGUGGCGGCCAAACCAGCUUAG